CGUAAAGGCGUCGUGGCGCGCGGAACUGCCGUCGAACGAUUUCCCGACCAAAGCCGAAUUGACCCGAGCCGCGCGAAUCUGCGCAGGAUUCACACUGCACUGCGCGUCCGCGACAAACAACGGGAAAGCAACCUAACCUAGAGUGAUCUCUAACCUAACCUCUUCUACUGCCCCUCUGCAGCCCCGCUGAUGUUGCUUGCACGUUUUUCAACGAGACCGGAAGCGCGUUAGUCCUUAUGUUAGUUAUCUUAUAUAAGUCCUGUCAGAAUUGAACAAGCCUGGAAGUCAAGCCCUUCGACCUCCGGGUUCUACGAAGAAACUGUGGUACGUAGAUCCGUACGGACAACCAAGGGCCACAAGAAGAAGUCCUGUCAAGGCUAUGAAAUUCCAACCGGAGCCGGAGAAAAGAUCACGCUGUUGAUCGCGUUGCCGAACGGUGAUAUUACCUUGGAAAUCCUCUCUCACGAGCGCGCGUCACAACCAUGAGCUUCUCCGUGCACGAACCGUACGUGGCUAUGUGCAACAACGAACGUGUGAUAAUACACGAUAUCGACAAGAGGACUGAGAACACGAUCAUCCUGCCGGAUCUGAACGGCAGGAUAACCAAGCACAACAAUGGGGACAACGAGGCCUGUCACGAUACGUUUCUGGCGUUUUCGGAGGACGGGAGGUAUCUCGCCGUGUGCACGAAUCGCAAGCAGCUGUGCCUGUACGAAACGAGCGGCCUGACACUCCUGUCGAGUCGUACGCUCGCCAGGGCCGCGAGCAGAAUGAGAUUCUCGCCGAGCAACGACAUCGUGAUAGCGGACAAAGCCGGCGAGGCCUACCUGUUCUCGACCACCGACCGUCCAACGGAGAGCGGAACCCCGAUCCUGGGACACGUGUCGAUGCUCUUCGACGUGCUCGUCACGCAAGACGCGAGAUACGUUCUGACGGCCGACCGGGAUGAGAAGAUCAGAGUUUCCACGUUCCCGAACUGCUACAACAUUGUAUCCUACUGCCUGGGACACGAGAGAUUCGUGACGAACAUCUCGGAGUUGCCGCACGAGAGGAGCGUCCUGAUAUCGUGCGGUGGCGACGGUGACAUCAAGCUCUGGGACUACAAGUGCGGAAUUGAAUUAACGUCCGUGAGCUUUUGCGAUAGGAUAUCGAGUUGCGACUUGGAGAAUUAUAAUCAACUUCUGCGUGACAUUCAUUACGACGAAUCCAUGAGCGCGCUGCUCGUCAAGUGUCUCAGAGUGUCUUACCUCAGUAGAAUGGAGUCCUUGAUUGUAAUGAGUUUCUAUACCAGCAAAACACUGUUGGUUUAUAGGAUUAGUGGCAGCUGUGACACACAGUUACAAGUGAGCUAUUUGGAGUCCAUAACUGCGAAAGCCGAACCUAUAGAAUGCCUUUUGCACAGACAGUGUUUGUGGGUAUUAACGGAUGAAGGGUUAGAGGUAUAUAAAUUCGACGACAGAUUUGUAACUCACGAUGCUCUGAGUUACUCGAUCAGUCGUCUUAAUACGUCCUGGCAGAGUUUGAAAAACACUGUCGGCAAUCGGAACUUGUUUCCACCUCUGUAUAAAAGAAAAUAUGACAAUGUACAGGAAUAUCAAAGAAGGAAGACGAUUCGUCUUGCACGCAAUGCAGAGUAGAUUGUAAUACCAUCCUUGCAAAUAUAAAGAAAAUAUUUUCUGA